CUGUUGAUGUUGAUGAUGAUUUUGCUUGAACUCGUUCAUCCCCUGGAUUGGUGAGAGUGUAUCGAGGACGAAUUGGGUGAGGAGGAAGACGAGGAGGAGGAGAAGGAGGGCUGGGAAAAGCAUGGAGAAGACUCAUGAUUCACAGUCGUGCUCAGACUCCAGAGCUAGGCGAAGAAGACUCCCAGUUGUGGUAGGAGUCGAAAAGUAGUUGUUGUUGUGUUGUUGUUGUUGUUGCUGUAAUCGUAGAAGUACUACUAGUACUACUAGUGCUACGGCCACUACGACGACGACAACGACGACGACGACUACAUACAUACAUCAAGCACUAGCUCAGUUCACAUUGGCCAUUGGGAUUGUCGAUUCAGAAUGGCCCCUUAUCUCUGUGGAUAGUGAUUUCCGACGUUUGCUUGAGGUUCCUUUCACUGCAAAAGUGGGUUUGGCAUCUCCAUUACCAAUCUGUACAUACAAGCGUGCCGUACUCUUCCACCUCCUCUCCUUCCUUUCUCCUCAUUCUCGAGGUCCCUUAUCCAAAGAGGGACAUGGGUCUGGCGCGAAACGUGGAGAACUCGGACCUGAUGAUCAAGGACACCAUUCGAACCAUAGGUCAAGUCACCGAGAUUGUCAAAGAGACAUGGCGAAGUCAGGGCGAUCACCUUCUGGCCAAACGCGUCGCCCAGGCCAUGCCCAAGGUGGGCAAGCGACUACGAAAGAAGACCACCUCCUCUCCUGCCCGUAACUAUGGCCACGAAGAUCUGAUCCAAGCGCCGUGGUACAUGCGGUUCGCCGGCUACUUCUGCCACUUUAUGCUCUUUGCCGUGGGCUUCUUUCGCGAGUCCAUUUGGGGUCACGGACCCAUCAAUUCCGAGCUCAAAAUAUGCGAAAAGAAUCGGGAUGGGUACUCGCCCAUGUACAUUGGCUUCGAAGGUUUCUACAUCCGUAAUGUGUUUCGUCGACUGGCCCAUUGUUUCCGAACGCCAAUCGCCUCUGCACCCGGGGGCGAAGUGGACGUACUGGAGCACUACUCUGAAAAUGCGGGCUGGACCUUCAACAUUAAUCAGAACCAUAUGAAGACUUGCAUCAACUUUGGCAGCUACAACUACCUGGGAUACGCCCAAACCUCCGGCCCUUGCACGGCUGCGGCCAUUCAAUCGAUCCAAACCUCGGGUCUGACCUCGUCCAGUGCUCGACAGGAGUUGGGCACGUUGAGCUACCAUCGCCAACUGGAGACCACUGUCAGUGAGUUCUUGGGCAAGGAAGACGCCAUCACGUUUGGCAUGGGCUUCGCCACCAAUGUCCUCAACAUUCCUCGCCUCAUGGACAAGCGCACCCUGGUGAUCAGUGACGAAAAGAACCACGCCUCUCUGAUCUUGGGCUUGCGCUUAUCGGGUGCCACGGUCCGCGUGUUUCAACACAAUAAUCCCGAGCACUUGGAGCGUGUGUUACGCAAAGCCAUGCUUCAUGGUCAGCCCCGUACCCGGCGACCCUUCAAGAAGGUCUUCAUUGUAGUGGAAGGCGUGUACUCCAUGGAAGGCACCAUCGUACGCCUCCCCGAGAUCAUGGCCAUCAAGAAAAAAUACAAGGCCUAUCUGUACCUGGACGAGGCUCAUUCAGUGGGCGCCAUGGGGCCCAACGGCCGCGGGGUGGUCGAUUAUUAUGGUCUCAACCCCAAAGACAUUGACAUCAUGAUGGGCACCUUUACCAAGAGCUUCGGCUCGGCCGGCGGCUACAUCGCCGGUUCCAAACGCCUCAUCGACCAUUUGCGAGCCAACAGUCAGGCCAACACGUAUCCCACGUCCAUGUCGGCUCCGGUGGCCAACCAGAUCAUUGAGGCGAUGAAACAGAUCAUGGACAAGGACCACGGGGAUGGCAUGGAGCGAGUGCGUGUCCUGGCCAGGAACUCCAAGUACAUCCGACGACGUCUCAAGCAAUUGGGUCUGGUGGUGUAUGGCCACGAUGACAGUCCCGUUGUACCUGUGAUGCUCUUCGUGACCACGAAGAUCAGUUACCUCCUCGGCGAGAUGAAGAAGAAAGGCAUUGCCUUGGUGGGGGUGGGCUAUCCGGCCACCAAGAUCUCCCAUGAGCGUUCCCGGUUGUGCGUGUCUUCCAGUCACUCCAAAGAGAUGCUCGACUACUGUGUGAAUGCCUUCGAUGAGAUUGCCGACAAAAUGAAUAUCCGCUACAACCGAGGAGCGCACUUGGACAUGUCCGAGGUUCAAUAUUGAAUGAGCCAACCACACCUCUCGUUGACUACUAUCUGACCGACCGACAGACCGACCGACCGACCGACCUUGGGGGAUAAUGGAACACCACCGGCCCACUUCGCGAUCAAAUCAAUGAUACUUGUGAUACUACAAUGACAACCAAACAUUCUCAGUCACACUUUUCUUCACAUUGAAGCACCAAAUGAAGAUGAAAUCGAACUCGAGCAAAACUAGCUGAACUAGCA